UUGAGCUUCUCCCCUCCUCAUCAUGACGAGUUGUGGAUGUUUGCCUGCUCUCUUUCUUCUCACACUUAGAUGGUCAGAUUGUGAAGGUAGCUGGAGGUCGACCACUGAUGUUUUGUGCUAUGUCAGCUGUGACUGAUCAGCCUCAGCCCUUCGGAGGACUGGAGCGAGAGAAGCACAUCCAGAUGAUCUUCAGAGCUUUCCAUAACCGCUGUGGGCCUUCAGGUGAGUGCAAGACUUAUUCACCUGGACCCAAACCUUACCCAUCACCUCCUGACUGGAAUGAGCAGCUGCCAAGUCUGAAUUCUGGGAGCAAAGUAGAGAACAUCUUCUACUUACAGUCACCGGGUAAAGCGGAAGAGCAGCAUCCCGGAGGUGCAGCAGGAUUAAACUUUAUGUCUGUGCUGGAAACAGUCAGUCAAAUUCACAUCACUGCCAGACCUGAGCUGCAAGGUCCACAGUGCGUUCCCAGGAGGAUCUACAGCAUCACCACGGGAGGCAACAGGUCCCAGUUACUUGUGGCUGUGGAAGAGAGUUCUUGUGUGUGCCUCCAGUGUUGCGGUCCAGCUCGAGCCUGUACCUUGCAGGGCUUUGACUGUCAGGGCCGCCAGGUCUUUUCUUUUGAAAGACCCCUGAGGGUGGACGCCUGCUGCCUCUGCUGCUGCAUGAUGGAGAUGAAGGUUUAUGUGCCUCAUAAACAUCUCAUUGGCUCUGUUUACCAGAGGUGGAGCAUGUUCACUCCUCUGCUUGAGGUGUGCGAUUCAGACGGAGCAUCUAGCAUCAGAAUCCAGGGCUCCUGCUGUCCAAACCGCUGCCUCUCCAGCCAGCAAUUCCAGGUUGUCUCCAACGUUGGUGAGAAAAUAGGCACAAUUUGGAAGAAAUGGCGGGGCUUCAAUGAGGAGCAUAACAUGGACCAUGAAUACUUUGGGUUGGAGGUGCCUCCGAGUAUGGAAUCACAAACCAAACUGAUGCUGCUGGCUGCCACUUUCUUGUUGAAUCACAUGUUCUUUGAAAUGAGCUGAUCAUUGAGAAGCUUCAACUAUUAACAUUCAUAUUAUUGCUGUCGACUCUUUUGUGAAGCACUUUGG